UCGGGUCCUGUUGCUGUUACAGCGAGCAGAGCUCAGCGCUGCCCCUCCGUUCCUUGUGGGGAGAUGCAGCCGCCAUCAGGCCUCCCCUCAGCACCUCUGCUUUGGGCUGGAAGAAUCAGUGGACCCUUCCCAAUCUUUGUAGGCCUCCUUUGGACACACUCUUAACAGCUUUAUGCCCUUAUAUUGAGAUGCUCAAACCAGUAUCCAACGCUCAAGGCUUGGCUGUUGGCCUUUCUUUGCUAAGUGAGGGUUUCAACAAGUGGAGAAGAUGGAUGGCCGAACCAAUCAGCUACAGAAUAUGCAAAAGGGACAAUAGCCUCUGCGGUCCCAAGGAAUGAAUAGGAAUAAGAUGCAGCAGCUCAUGUUUUCCUAAACUGAUGCAGAAAGAAGCAGGCGUGAGAAUGAGGGCAAUGUUCUCUGAAUUCAAGCUCUUACGGCACGACCCAAAAGGAAGGUGUUGCUUUGCCUGGAAAAGAUAGGUGCCAUCUGCUCGAAUGUAAAGAAACCAGUGGACUCUGAUUUGCUUCUGUGCUGUAAGCUGGCUCUGAAGGAAUGGACAAAUCCAACAAAAACCCCCAUGGAUGUGUUCUGAGAGUCCAGCAAGUGAAUUAGAAGAAACAACUUGACUCACAGUAUCUCACCUCACUCAUGACUGAAUCUCAGCUAAUGCAACACUAGUUUUGAACACCUUUGCAUAUCAGAUUCAACGAUGUUUGUGUUGCUGUACAUUACAAGUUUUGCCAUCUACACCAGUGAACAACCCCUUCAAAACCAGUUCAAAGGAGAGAACUACUAUACCAGAUACAUCUGCAGUAUCCCUGGGUUGCCAGGUCCUGUGGGCCCCCCCGGAGCUAACGGAGCCCCAGGGCCACAUGGACGCAUUGGUCUUCCAGGAAGAGAUGGUAGAGAUGGCAGGAAAGGAGAGAAAGGUGAAAAGGGGAGCGCAGGUUUAAGAGGGAAAACUGGGCCAUUAGGACCAACCGGAGAGAAAGGAGACCAAGGUCAGUCUGGAAAAAAAGGACCAGGAGGACUGAUUGGUGCCAAGGGUGAAGUAGGUCCAGCUGGACCACCUGGACCUAAAGGAGAUAAAGGAGACCGAGGAGAGCCAGGUGCACCAGGGGUCUGUAAGUGUGGGAAGAUAGUGCUGAAAUCUGCCUUUUCUGUUGGCAUCACCACCAGCUACCCUGAGGAAAGACUACCAAUUGUAUUCAAUAAAGUCCUCUUCAACGAGGGUGAACAUUACAACCCUUCCACAGGGAAGUUUAUUUGUGCCAUCCCAGGGAUUUAUUAUUUUUCUUAUGACAUCACCUUGGCAAAUAAGCACCUUGCCAUUGGGCUGGUUCACAAUGGGAAGUACCGCAUAAAGACAUUUGAUGCAAACACAGGAAACCACGACGUAGCUUCUGGGUCCACUGUGAUCUACCUUCAGCCAGAAGAUGAAGUAUGGCUUGAGAUCUUCUACGCUGACCAAAACGGUCUCUUUUCAGACCCAACAUGGGCAGACAGCUUGUUUUCUGGAUUUCUCUUAUAUGUUGAUACAGAUUAUCUUGAUGCUUUGUCAGACGAAGAUGAGCUCUGAAGCAGAUCAUGUCAAAUCACAGCCAAACGACAAUCCAGCACAUGACUUUAUCUAGCCGUGUGUGGGACACAAAGUGGAAAAUGAAUAACCUGGGAAUUUAUUUUUGCUUUGACAGGAACCAAAUUUGAGUUCAGAUGGAGAUUUCUAGAAUCAAAGUUGGAUUCUUUAACAAACAACAGGGAUAUCAAAAGGAACUAUAAUUAAGAAAAGACUGCAUUGCUCCAGGACGGACUCCUCAUGGAAGUUAUGUUUACGAUACUAUUUAAACAAAUUUAAGAUGUUGUACAUUGGAUUUUAUAUAAAAUAUAUUAAGUUACAAAGUAGAAUUGAUAUUUUGUAUACGAUAUUAAAGAAAAAUUGAACAAUUGA